AUGCUAGGAAGCCAACCUCAAGAGCUUAUUUAUUCCACGAUAGAAAACUUCGAAACUGAGCCUGAUAUUACCAGUUUAUCAAGGAUAUCUGAGACAAUCGUCAAGACCGAGGAGAAACGCAAUGCCAAACUUGAUCGUCUACAAAAGGGCAUCACAGCACUCGAAGAACAAUUGGCAGAAGCAAAAAGCAAACUUGAAAGUCUAAAUCAGCCAAGCGAUGCAUUCAAAGAGCAAGUCAGCGGGUUGGGAAAGAGUCCUCUAGAUCCAAACGAAAACACCUUCCAACUAAUAAACACCAAAUCUGGAGAACUCGACUCCAUGAAGGUGACAUUGGCUAAGCAACUUACAGAUAUUGAAUCACAAAUCAAUCAAUUACACAUGACGAAGAUGAACCUUACGAAGCAAAAGGACGAAUUUCUCCAGCAGAAGGAACAGGCACUUGCCGUGUCAGUGGCAGAAAACCAUAACUCAUCAAGCAUGAAAAUAAGCCUAUUUAGAAGCCUAGGGGUACAUGUUGACUCAGCAGAGAAAAGUGACAAGAUAGUGAUCUUUGACGAGAAGAAGAACCAGACUUCGGUGCUAGAUGUGGAUGAGAAGUAUUCUGAUUACUUCAUCUCCAACUACAUUUGGGAACGACUCGGAACGUAA